CUGCAAGUGUGUUUUGGUGUUUUGUUCCUAUUUCCCUAGUAGUAAACUUGUUUCCGCCGGGGAAAUUUAAAUUAUGAGAUGAGUUUGAAGCAACAAUUUAGAUGAACAAAACAAUAAAGCAAGCGAGUAAAAUGGUAGCGCGGCCUAACGAACCAUCCAAAGCGCGUUCUCGAGGAAACAGUCCUUCCAGAGGUACAAGCCCUGCCAGAGACAACAGUAUUUCGCGUGUCAAUAGUUUCCCAAAACGGUCUCCUUCCUUGAAACGAGUAAAUUCUCCUGCAAAAAAUGAAAAAACUACAUCGGAUGGUCGACAACGUCGAGAAUCACCAAGUAGGUCCAGAGGCUCGAGUCCGAGCAAUAGAAGAAGUGGUUCGUCGCCGGUGCCUAGUCGGGAACAAAGUUUUAGCAAUGGAACUUUGAUUAGGAGGAGAAGGGAGAGCGAAACGGGUAGCAUUGAAAGGCUCGACGAGGACAACAACCUCCGAAGGAUAAUAACUAGCUAUAAUCAGAAUGAGGAUAACAUCAAUGUUGUUGUCAGAAACACUAUCGUUUAUCCUACAGGAAAUAUCUAUAUGCGCGAUGGCUUUUUUAUUUUCAGAGUACGGCCACUGAGUAAAAAAGAGAAUUUUCAGUCAGAAGUCGUUCAAUUUCCCGGCAAUGGACAAAUUUUGAUAGAUGCGAUACCCGGUGGACCGGGUGGUGGCCAGAAGCCGAAACUAUUCUCCUACAAUGUAGUAUUUGAACCGGCAGCUACACAGGAAGAUGUUUUACAAUUUUCAGGAAUGAAACGAUUAAUUGAAAUGGCAGUUGAAGGAUUUCGAUGCACCUGUUUUUGUUACGGACAAACUGGAAGUGGAAAGACGCAUACCUUAACAGGACCACCAGGAUUGUUUGGUGUUAAAUCAGUUCCAUAUAGCGACAAGCAUGGAUUAAUUUUUCGCUCAUUUGCAUACCUAUUUGAACAAAUCCAAUUACAGGCUGGUACGCAUUUUGUGCUUAAAGCUAGUUAUUUGGAGAUUUAUAAUGAAAAAGUGAUAGACCUAUUAAAUCCAGGCUCUGCAAGAAAACCGUUAGCAGUCAGAUGGAGCAAAAAAGCUCGAGGAUUUUUUGUAGAAAAUUUGUUCACCGUGGACUGUGAAGAGCUAGACGAUCUUAUGGCAGUUUUAGAAGAAGGAAUGAGAAAUAGGUCUGUCGGUAGACAUAAUAUGAAUGAUUAUUCAAGUCGAAGUCACACAAUACUUUCGGUCCACAUAACUUCAGAACAACCAGCGGAAAAUGGAGUAUUUAUUUCUAGAACUGGCAAAAUUAAUUUUGUUGACUUGGCUGGUAGUGAAAUGACCAAAAAGACUCAAAGCCGGGGCAAAACUCUGGAAGAAGCCAAUAAUAUUAAUAAAAGUCUUAUGGUAUUAGGAUACUGUAUCUCAUCUUUGAGCGAUAUCAAGAAAAAAUCGAAUCAUAUUCCAUAUAGAGAUUCCAAACUGACUAAAUUGUUAGCAGAUUCCUUGGCUGGAAAUGGAGUAACGUUGAUGAUUGCAUGCAUAUCACCAGCAAAAUCCAAUAUAUCUGAAACCAUUAAUACGCUCCGAUAUGCAGCUAGAGCCAAAAGAAUUAGGACAAAACCAGUUGUCCUAAUGGACCCUCGAGAAGCCCUAAUUCUGAGUCUAAAACGUGAGGUCGGCGUGCUACAAAACGAGAAUCAACAUCUUCGAACCGCGUUGCACGUUUAUUCUUCUUCAAAUCCAACAUCUGCUGAUAAAAACCCGAAUUCAAUCCUAGAUCGAAAAAUCCUUCAAACUCCACCAAGCGUAGACUUGUCCCAACUUAGUAAGUUGGAAGGUCAUGAGCUUGUUGAACUGGUACGACUCUACGUCCAGGAAAACGGCGAAUUACGAAAAGAAAACAUCGAGCUUUUUACUUCGCGCGAGUUGUUACAAAGGGACCAUGAACUCGUGUGCAGAGAAAACGAAAGAUUACUGAAAAAACUUGAAGAAGUAAAUUCAUCUCCACUGAUAGCAGCUAGAUCAGCAUUUUCUGCCGAGGCACUUAAUAUGCCAGAUUCAGAACCAUCGGAUAUUUGGACAAAUCCAGAAAAGGAACCUGCUACUUUGGAAAAUGGAAAUAAAGAAAUGCCUGACUUUUUACAAAAAGAAAUGGAUAAAAGAUUAGGCAGUAGAGAAAGCAGAGGUGCAACUCCACGAGGACGCCCUAGAUCAUGGGAAGAAAAACCCACUGCUGUUAAGGUGCUGAGAAUCAAAAGUACCAACUCGGAGGAAUCGGAAAGAACUAAACCGGAAAUGGCGUAA